AUGGUCAUGGUAUUUGGAGGGCAACCUCAAGACGAGUUUGAGGGCUUUUUGCUAUGCAUCCAUCUCAUGAAGGCCGAGGUACCGAUGACCUGGGGGAACUACAGUAACUCCACCAGAUGGUUCGACUCAUUCAGAAAUGAGUGGGACUUGUGUGAUCAGUUAGAUUCCACCAGCACCCCCAACGGUGACUGGGAAGAAGACAACUUCAAUUUCUUGGACCCCAUCCCUGAUCCUCUGCCGCCACCACCCCCUGCACCUCCAUCGUUGUCCAGCUUCCUGCAGGACAUUUGCAACUACUUUAGACGUCAUGAGGUUGCACCCUUGUCUGAUUAUACUGAGGGUGUGGAACACUUUGUCACCCACUUAUGGUUUCACCUUGUCUUUCAUCUGGCAGCAUCAACUACUAGAUCCAUUGGUGGAUCUGCCACUUUUGAAAGUUGGGUCAAGAAGCAGAAGUUCAGCCAUGUUUGCAACAUUGUCGAGGACUCAGGCAAGGAUGUUGACUCGAUUUCAGAUGUGCAAAAGCAUAUCAUUACAUGCUUCGAUGCUGUCCCAUUUGGACAAAUAUUGUCUCUCAAUGGCGAGACUCACUUUGACGACGAUUUGUUGGAAGAGGAGGUUGAUUUCAUUUGCGGGCCCUAUUAUGUGUACACAAAUGCAUUGAAAAAUUGUCUUGGUGGCCAAGGCCUCAGGCCUGGGCUGGGUCAGGGUUGGAUGUGGGGUUCUGGUCUGCUCAAUGCAAAGGCUAGUUUCAGACACGCCUUGGAAACAUAUUCUAACUUUCUCGCCACGAAAGCAAGUGCCUUCACAGACAAUUAG